GCAGGAGAACCCGUACCGGUUUGUGCUGUUCCCGAUCCAGUACCACGACAUCUGGCGCAAGUACAAGGAGCAAGAGAGCUGCAUCUGGACGGUGGAGGAGAUCGAUCUGGGCAGCGACAUGGUGGACUGGGCGAAGCUGAACGAUGGCGAGCGACACUUCAUCAAGCACGUGCUUGCCUUCUUCGCAGGAAGCGACGGUAUCGUGAUCGAGAACCUCGCGCAGCGCUUCAUGACUGAUGUGAAGAUACCGGAGGCGCGUGCGUUCUAUGGGUUUCAGCUGAUGAUGGAGAAUAUCCACUCGGAGACCUACUCAGUGCUGUUGGACACGUAUAUCCUCGAUCCUGAUGAGAAGGUAAGCUUGCUGCAUGCGAUCCAGACGAUACCUUGCAUUCAGAAGAAGGCCGAGUGGGCCGUGCGGUGGAUCGGGAGCGAGAGCAGCUUCCAGGAGCGCCUGAUUGCGUUUGCAGCGGUGGAGGGCAUCUUCUUUUCCGGGUCGUUUUGCGCGCUAUUCUGGCUUAAGAAGCGCGGCGUGAUGCCGGGACUGACCUUCAGUAACGAGCUGAUCUCACGGGACGAGGGAUUGCACACGGACUUUGCGUGUCUGCUUUACACGCACCACAUCAAGCACAAGUUGCCGCGGUCGCGCGUGCUGGAGAUCAUCACGAAUGCGGUCGACAUCGAGCACGAGUUCAUCUGCGACGCGCUGCCGGUACGUCUGAUUGGGAUGAACUCGGAGCUGAUGGGUCAGUACAUCGAGUUUGUCGCGGACCGUCUGCUCGUUGCGCUUGGUGAAGAGAAAUACUACAAUUCGACAAACCCCUUUGACUUCAUGGAGAUGAUCUCGCUGCAGGGUAAGACGAACUUCUUCGAGAAGAGGGUCGGCGAGUAUCAGAAGGCGGGUGUGAUGAGCACGGAGGGGACUGUGAACAAGUUUUCACUUAAUGAGGACUUCUAG